AUGUUAUUCAAACAAUGGAACGUUUACUCAGAACCUAGACAUCAUCUGGAUACUCUCCUAGAGGAUACCUCUGAUAGGGAAUCCUUGCAAGUAGCUCCGUUACCAACAAUAAAGCUGAUAACACCGAUAGACACCAGUAUCUAUAAGAAGAUUAUCAUUACAACAAAACUGUUUAGGUCCCUUUUCUCGCGACAUGCAGAUAGGGCCACCCAGGUAUCCUGCUUUCAAAUUGGCUGGCAAACCAAAGGUAAAGAACAUGUGCUGUAUCGCGAAGACUUUCAAGUUCAGGAGGACAAUACGAGCCAAACUGAAUCGCACAUCCUGGAGUUUCCAGUCCUUCAGUUCGACGAAGAGACCUUAUUUUUGAGUGUCGCGGAAGACAUUUUGCAUGUCCCGCCUGUCGCAGCAAACUUACUUUCGAGAGAAGUGGCCAAGCUUUGCGCUGCCCCACUUGAUGUUCUAGUUGUUGGAGCAAGUGACAGAAUUGAAGAGGUUAAAUAUGUAGGCUAUCCCACAGCUGACAGUAACCACAAUCUCCCCAUAUUUAAUCCACCCGAAUUUCUGACUAACUUCACUGCAAGCAUCAUGACCCAGUUGAUUUUGAACAAGGUUGAGUUCAGGGGUUAUAUUGCACCCAGCGAGGGCCCCUCUGGCUAUGAAAAACUCACCAUGGAGACAAUGGAUACGUUAAUAGAUUUGACGUGGUUUGAGCUAGGAUCUGGGGACCGCGAUGCUUAUGUCAAGGAAUGUCACAGGAAUUGGAGGCUCAAUGGGACUGCCAUGGGCGCGCAAACAGGUCUUUAUUUGUAA